AGUUACAAUUUAAAGUAAACUUUGCCGAGAUUGUUGUAAAUUUAAAGUGUGAUUUUGAAUCACAUGUGGAAUUUCUCGAUAUUUUAAUAUUUAACUGAUUAGUAUUUAAGGAGUUGUAUUUUUAUCAAGAGAAGGUUGUCACACAUUGAUCGGUUACUGAUGGAUUCCUAUGAUAUUAUUACAAACCAACCCGUCGUUAUUGAUAAUGGAUCUGGAAUGGUGAAAGCGGGCUUUGCAGGUGAACAAGUUCCAAAAUCAUAUUUCCCAAAUUAUAUUGGACGACCGAAGCAUGUGAGAGUGAUGGCCGGAGCACUUGAGGGCGAUAUAUUCAUUGGACCAAAAGCUCAGGAACAUAGAGGUCUCUUAAAUAUAAGAUAUCCUAUGGAGCAUGGAAUUGUUACGGAUUGGAAUGAUAUGGAGAGAAUAUGGCAGUAUGUUUAUUCUAAGAAUGAACUUCAAACUUUCCCAGAGGAACAUCCAGUUCUACUUACUGAGGCUCCACUUAACCCUCGUCGCAACAGAGAACGUGCAGCUGAAAUAUUCUUUGAAACUUUUAAUGUUCCGGCAUUCUUUGUUUCCAUUCAAGCUGUUUUAUCUUUAUAUUCAGCGGGAAAGAUUACGGGCUUGGUACUCGAUGCAGGUGAUGGUGUCACUCAUGCUGUGCCGAUAUACGAAGGCUUCUCACUUCCACACUCAAUCAUUAGAACUGAUAUUGCUGGAAGAGAUGUAACCAAAUAUUUACAAUUAUUGUUGCGGAAAGAAGGUUUCAACUUCAAAACUUCUGCAGAAAAAGAAAUUGUGAAGACAAUCAAAGAGAAAGCUUGUUAUUUGUCUCAAAACCCAAGCAAAGAAGAAGGUCUUGAAAAUGAAAAGAAACUUUAUUCAUUACCUGACGGCAACAGCAUUGAAAUUGGAUUGGCAAAGUUCAGAGCUCCUGAAGUUUUAUUUCAACCAGAUCUUAUUGGUGAAGAGUGUUUAGGUGUUCAUGAGGUUGUGACUAAUAGCAUACAGAAAUGUGACAUGGAUUUAAGGAGGACACUUUAUCAAAAUAUUCUUCUUGCUGGUGGAUCAACUUUGUUUAAAGGUUUUGGUGAUCGGUUAUUAAGUGAUAUUAAACGACAAGCACCAAAAGAUGUGAAAAUAAGAAUGUUAGCUGCACAGGAGAGACUUUAUUCAACAUGGAUUGGGGGGUCAAUUCUUGCUUCACUCGACACCUUUAAGAAGAUGUGGGUGGGCAAGCGUGAAUAUGAAGAGGACAAACAUCGAGCUGUGCACAGAAAAAUGCUGCAGUUCUGAUAACCUCUUUUGUGCAUCUUUGUAUUAUGCUGUAGAGGAAAGAUUAGUAAAUUUUAUUUGAUAUCUAUGGUUGCUAUGUUUAUUCGACCAGGGCAAGUACGCCUCAUAGAUCCAUAUAAUGUGAUAAAAUGAUCAUACACUUUAAACUUUUUUAUUUCUAGUGCUUAUUAAGAAAACAAAACUAAUAGUACCAACAUUUUAUACUGAUGGUAAUGGUAUUGCAUUAACACUGCUUUACAUAAGCGUUAUGAAAUAGGAAUUUCAAUUAUGUUUAAUGUUAACACUCAGUGUUUUAAAAGGCAUGUUCGUUGUUAUAUAUUAUUAAAUUCUGUGUCUUUCAAAUUGAAUCAGAAUUAUAAUUGUGUUGUCACA